AUGAACACGUGCAGACGCAGCUUCAUCACCGGUUUCAGCAACGAGUUCUACGCUUACCGCAACGUCUCCUGGAAGAUCUACCUCCGCAAAGAGGUUUUCUACCCCAAGGACACCAUCAAUAACCCUCUCCUUCUGGAUCUCAUUUUCCGGCAGAUCUUCAAUGACACCAUGUCUGAGGCCUGUAUCCGCAUUACCCAGGGGGAGAGGAUGAGGAUGAAAGCUCUCUUUGCGGAAAACAAGCUCGAUUCCUUCAGCCCAGUGGCUGACGAAAGCGUCAAGAAGGAGAUUGUCAACGUUGCCCGGGACGGCUGGGAAGUGUAUUUUUCCCGCCUUUUCCCAGCUACGGGCAGCGUUGGCACUGGCGUGCAGAUCUUGGCGGUGUCCCAUACAGGGAUCAAACUUCUGAGGCUUCUCAAGGGCACCAACUUGCCCGGGGAGCAGUUGCGGGUGCUGAGGGGCUACGGCUACAGUGAUAUCCUCUUCGUCACCAUCCCCUCCAAGAACAUGUUGGAGUUCAACCUCACCAAUGAGAAGCUGCUCCUCUUUUCUCCCAAAGCCCCCCAGGUGAAGGCCAUGGUGGACUACUUCAUCAAUGAGCUCAAGAAGGUAUGA